AUGCUAGGCAGUAGUGAGGAUCAGGCCAGCAGGGCUAGCAUGACCAAAACCUACAGCGCCGCCCACAUUUGCCACGCCUACUCGACGGCUUCGGCGGCGCCACGAAGUCGUUUUGCCCAAGACCACACAGAUAAAGUCGAUCCGCGCCUUGUUUUCCAAUUAAUUAAUCCUCAAGAACUAAGUGAAUGUGUAGAUAAAUUAGGAAGAAGAAGAAGAACUGAAAAAAAUGUAAUGGUACGGACACACAGACGAGCGGGAAAAUGGAAAAGUAGGUCGAAUGUUGGAUGGCCAAAAUUCCAUAUCUUGUCGAGAGUUACCUUGAAGGCGAUUCGACACUCCAACCGAUACAAUCCGCGUCGUUUUUUUUUCAAGAUUAAGGAAAAUAGUCUUCUUGGAUUCUUCGCAAAGAUUGGAGUUAUUUUCCAAAAAUUCCGUAGAAUUUUUUAGAAGAACAUCUCGAGAACUUGAAGUUUCUAGAAUGAUAACAAAAAAAAGGGGGGAAGGUCUUUAUUUUUCUUUUAUCCCAUUGUGUUAGGUACAUAGGUGUCAAAAAGGAUAAAAGUUCAAGGCUUGUAUUUGCUUGUAUUCAAAUAAAGCAUAAAACAUCUGAAUUUUCUCCAGAAAACCGUUUAUUGCUUUUAUUUCAAACAUUAUUAAAAUAUUCAUCUAUGAAGUAGCUGUCAAGUUCUCAUUGACAAUCGACCACAAACAUAGACAUCUAAAUGGUUCAUUUUUUUUCCGGAAAUUUCUUCAUAUACCAGUAAAAAUGAUAUUAUUAGAUGGUUUCUGUUAACUCGUUGACUUCAAAAAAUGAUAGUAAAAGUUUCCUUCUUUCAGUUAUUGUUUGAUGGUCGAAAUAUGGCGUAAUAAGGCAUAAAUGGGAAAAAAAAAAGAAGGAAGAUGCCAAAAAUGGUCAGUCAUGGAAAAUACGGCGAAAGUGCGAUUGUUCCGCGGCGGAAACAUCCGAAAGUGGGGUGAGUGUGCAAAGGCCACUGCCCAAAAGCGUUUUCGGGUUGUUUACCGGACUGAUCUAUCUCGUCGGCGUCGCGAGAUCCGCCGGUAAACCAACGCAACAAAAUAAUUCUCAUUCUCCGCAUACCCUCCAACAAUAACAAAAACCUACGUCAUUUUCCUUAUUUCUCGUGUAAUCAUCAAUAUUUUUGAGUACAUCAAUGAAGAUCCGAGGAUUUCAAUUAUAUGUUCAGUGACUCACGGCAAAUCUUCUAAUCUUGAUGUUUGACACUGAUUUUAUCACAUAUUUCGCAAAUCUGCUUUCUUGUUCAGGUUCAAAAAACAAAGGUCACCCGAGGUGUCCACACAGUCCGUCAAUAAAUAGGACACGAGGUGAGAUAGCUAUCGAUAAGCUAUCCGGCAGCAUACUAAAUCUUCCUCAGUUCUGCAAACCAAGAUCUCGAUUUCGCAAGAUAUUAUUGAGACGAUAUCCGAAGGCACAGAAAUCGUAUUGAAAUAACAGUUAGGCUCUGUUAGCUGUUUAUGUGCACAACAACCACUGUAAUAUUUUCGAAGCUUAAUUUAUAUGAACUUAUCGUGAAAUCAAGCAAGAAUCCACUAACUUCGAUGUCUUAAACGAUGCUUCUUCGGACGUUCCAACCGAGAAUUCUAUAAACUUUUGGCAACGGGAUCUUCAAUAUAAGCAGAAAAGCCACAUGCAUGAACAACUUAACGUGAAUGGAAGGGCGUACAAAAUUAGUUUUUGAAAGAAAAUUUUCAUGUUUCUACUCUUAUUCAACCCUAAGUCUUCGAUACACGUGCACUUGUGAAAAAAGUUCAAGUUUAUCUGCUUCAAUCUCCUUUGUGCCCUCGCAUUCAAGCUUCGUAAACGUUGAUUGAAAUGUACGGCCUCAUAAAAAAGUUUUCAACAGAUUCGCAGAUUUGAAAAAACCGAAAGCGGCAAGUGUACGACAUCUAGGAAAAAUUUGUUUUUUAUUUUUAUUCGUCCAAGAUCGCAACCAUUAAUUUUUCAUUUUUGUUAGUCUUACAUAUUUUUCAAUUUUUUUGAACUGGCGUGUUUGCAAUGCAAACUGCAAAUUUCAGAAAUGAAAAAAAAUUUGCAUUCGUGUUAUUUUGUUGUGGUACGAAAAUUACACGAAAUCACUUUGUACAAUUUUUUCUCCAGAAGGCUCCGCUCUUCUCCUUGAAAGAGCUUGAAUUUCUCGAAUUUCUGUGUAUUUUUUUGGAAUGUCGACAACUUUCUGUGCUUAACGUGUUUCUUGAUGCAAAAUAUUCAGAGAGGAGGAUUUCGGCAAAUGAGAACCAUCCUUGGCUCUCGUGAUGGGCCCGUCAGCGGUCGGCACUGCGAAGAGAAUCGAAAAAAAGAAAAGGUGAGUCGAGAGUGGCGGGAACCGGAAAAUCCUUCCUCACCCACAUCCCAUGGUUAAACACGUAAUAAAUUAAUUUCUUCGCCGCCGAGAAUACUUGAAUUAUGAUCUGCCGCCUCUCCAUCAGAUAGCCAAUCGGUCGUGUUAUAUCGAAAAGAUUCAUAGUUCCCCCAAUGCAAUCUUUUACAUUUUUUUAAAGAUUUUUUUCGGAAGUGUAUCGCGUAAUCUAUCAAUUAAUUAUCAAGUUGAAUACUUUUUGAAGCACUUCAAUAAACUUCCGGGCCUUCAUCGGUUUCAAACGCCAGAAAUAGUAUUGAAGCUUGCUCAAAAAGCCUGACCGAUGGCACGUUUCGCAUUAUUUCGGAACGCAAAAAGAAGAGAUAAAAAAGCGAAGCGGACAAGGAACCUGAAACUCAUUCGUGACGAUCCCGAACCAGCUUUCUUCUUGUUCUUCUCUCGGCCGCCUCAAUGUGAUUUCACCUUCUCCGAUAGCGGCAGUUGCGUGGCAUCGGACCGUCGUUCUUUGCCAAUCCACAAUGAUCGUUUUUUUUUCCGUCAGAUUACAAUAAAUAUCAAUACUCUCGUUGGAGACAGUUACACAAUUAUGACAAUGUCGGAGUAGUCACUGGCCCUUGAUAACUGUCUUCCAAUUUUAUCAUUUAUAAAGAGAACAACUUUUUCGAGAUCGACUUAUUGAAGAAUAUAAAAAUCAGCAGAAACUCCAUGUAAUGCUAAAAAAACUUUGUUUAUCAACAAAAAAAAUUCGAAAAUUUAAAAAAUGUUUUUUAUUUCCGAUUAUACGUUUGAUUGUCGAUCACUGAUUUGAUUGAACACGUCAGAGAGUGCUCGAGUGGGAUCUGAAGAUCUGAUUAAAUGAUUCUCCUCGCAAGAUAGCGUUUUACUAGAGAAUCUUCUAAAGCUGCCAGAAGUAGAGCAACUGAAAGUUCAAUCAGAAAUGUUUCCUAUUCAUUUUCCAUUCUCAGUGAUGCUCGUAGCCUACAUCCCGGUCUGAUUGUUAUCGAUGAUCUCUCCAGGACAAACAUUUGGAGUUUUCGUCAUCCUGGCGAAGUGUUUUCAUUACUCACAGGAUCCAAAGAACAUUCUGACAUCACCGGAGGAUGCAUAUCUGAAAGGUGGGAGGAUUUUUGUUUUGAGCGCGAGAAACCUUGACUGUAGGAGAGGAAUGUCCGCUCCUGGCACGACGGUCGUCGGCCGAAGGCGUCGAGGGCGGGCCGUACCAGGCGUCUUAG